GCUUCCUGGGCCCACUUGACUUGUGGGCGGCCGCUCUUUGGGGCGACAUAAGCCAGGAACGUCAUUGAAAGUUUGCGGUGGGUGUUGCCUUUACUUACCGAGCUAGCGCCUUGAGCAGUUUACUCGCAUGAGUUUAGCGGCGGUAAUGCCUUCUUAGCGCUAGUGUGGAAGCCUUAAAGGAGGAAGGAAGGAGGUGGGAGCGUAACUCAUACGACUUUCAUACACUACCUUACUAGCUUACAACUGGUGUCCGCUUCGCUACCCCCAAAUGACUUCCUCGUUCUUAGCCUGGUUUUGGAGCGAGAGAUUUUGGCUUCCAGAAAAUGCUUCCUGGGCGGAACUGGAGCAUCCGCCACCUGGCGUGGAAUACCCUCGAGUGGGAGAUAUACUUUACGCCCUGCCGCUCGCGGUUGUAGUUUUCGUGCUCCGGCUCCUAUUCGAAAGGCUAGUGGCCAAACCCUGUGCCCACAUCCUUCAGAUUCAGGCGGGAGUGCAUCGUCAAGCCCAGUCCAAUGCUGUCCUGGAGAGAGUGUAUCAGUCCAAAACGAGUCCAGAAGCAAAGCAACUGGAUGGACUUUCCAAGCAGCUGGACUGGGAUGUACGGAAGAUACAAAGAUGGUUUCGUGUCCGCCGCAACCAAGACAAGCCGAGUCUCCAGACAAAGUUCUGUGAGAGCAUGUGGCGCCUCACGUUUUACUUGGGAAUUUUUACUUAUGCUGUUCACCAUUUAUGGGUGUCACCCUGGACAUGGAACACAAGACUGUGCUGGGACAACUAUCCCUUUCAGCAUCAGAGUCCUCAACAAUUCAACCACUAUGUGGCUGAGCUGGCUUUCUAUUGGUCUCUGAUGUUUACCCAGUUCACGGAUAUUAAACGUAAGGAUUUCUUCAUCAUGCUUGUGCACCACCUGGCCACCAUUGUCCUCAUCACCUUUUCCUACGCCAACAACAUGCUAAGAGUUGGGACUUUGGUCAUGUGUGUGCAUGAUGCAUCAGACAUCUUCCUCGAGGCAGCUAAGCUGGCCAACUAUGCCAAAUACCAGCGGCUCUGUGACGGCCUGUUUGUUGUGUUCAGCAUCAGCUUUUUCAUUGCCCGGCUCGUUAUCUUUCCUUUCUGGAUUAUUCACAGCGUUUUGAUUGAGAGCUGGGAGAUUUCAGGCCCAUACCAGUCCUGGUGGCUGUUUAAUGGGUUACUUCUGAUCUUACAGACUCUUCAUAUCAUCUGGUUCUACCUCAUUGCACGGAUUGCAAUUAAAGCUAUUUUUAAGGGAAAGGUGGAAAAAGACGAUCGCAGUGACAUCGAGAGCAGCUCAGACGAUGACAUUCAUUCCAACAACAGUAAACAUCCCAGUAAGACCAGCGGUACCACCACUAACAUAAAUGGAGAAAAUCAUGACCACUGACCAAGAGCGGAAAUUUAGUAUUUUUUUUCACCUCCUUUGUGCCGUUUGAAACUUUUCUGUCACUUUGACCAUGGCAAGAGAUAGCCAAAGAGAGGACUGUGUGCGGUAUCCGGUGUAUGACUGGAUUCUGUUUACACUUUGUCAUGUUUACACCUGUUUCAAGAGUGAACUGAGAGUUUGAUUGAGCAAACAAGUCUGGUUUGCAUUCUCACUCUGUGUGCCUUUUUGUGUGUAUGGGUUUUUGUCUGUGUGCAAACUUAUAAUAUUACAGAAAUUUCCUUGAAAACAGAAGACAACUGUCGAUACCAUUUCAUAUGAUGAAUUACCUUUUAUUACAGAUUGUAAUAGUUUUACAGCUGGAAAACAAAAUCCCCGCAUCUGCCUUACAGAAUUCACUUCAACUUGUGUAAUCCUAGAAUUUCCAAAUGCCAAAUUUGUUUUCUUGGUAAAAAAAAACAACCUCUGUUAUCAAAGGAAAGAAAUAGCAGGAUAUAUGUUAUGGUAAUUACUAUGAAUGUUCACGUGAACUUGAUUUUCCAAUUUCACUAAAACAUUAAAUACAUUUUGUGAUCCACAA